CUUCAGGCAAAUCUCGACGACGAACUUCGUGAAGCGCUCUUUUCUCGCACGACGCCCCGACAUCCUCUCGCCCAACGACAAGUCGACAACCCUCACCAUGUCGGAAUCCCAGGUCACUCUGCGCACGCGCAAGUUCAUCCGCAACCCACUGCUGGGCCGCAAGCAGAUGGUCGUUGAUGUCCUCCACCCAUCGCGCCCAAACGUCUCCAAGGAUGAGCUCCGCGAGAAGCUCGCCGGUCUUUACAAGAUGAACAAGGACCAAGUCUCCGUCUUCGGUUUCCGCACCCAAUUCGGUGGUGGCAAGAGCACCGGUUUCGCCCUCCUCUACGACUCCGCCGAGGCCAUGAAGAAGUUCGAGCCACACUACAGACUUGUGCGCUACGGUCAGGCCACCAAGAUCGAGAAGGCCAGCAGACAGCAGCGCAAGCAACGCAAGAACCGCAGCAAGGAGUUCCGUGGUACUGCGAAGACCAAGGGCCCAGCCAAGGACAAGAAGAAAUAAGCGACUCGCAACAGCGUGUAGGGAUUUGUCGCGAUGGGUACAGACUCGCAUCAUUCGCCUGCUGCAAAGCGCCAUUCAGUUUCUCGGCCUUUAUGAUCAGGCUAGAACAGUGCGGCAGCACCGACUCGGCGUUGGGUGGCUUAGAGUGUAGUUAUACCCAAGCAAUGAAAAUCGCUUCCUCCUUGCACGAUUUUCAUCUCUGUUCAGCGCUCGCUUCGUUCUAAAUGGCCGCCGACGCUGGAUCUCUCCCGGCGCUUCCUAUUGCAACCAGCUGCUGCAAGAAUCUACUUACUGUCUACAGAUACAGGGGCCGAAGCCGUUCAUCUACGACCUCAACAUGCUACACCGCAACACCAGCAGUUGCACCGAGGUCUUCAAACUUCAUGCCGAUGAUGGUCUUGUAUCACUCUCGUCCUUGUUCCAUCAGAGCCCGCGCACAGCGCCAAAAUCUCUGCCGGACGUGGCCGAUCGGCAUCUGAAGGUCAUGAGACACGCUGGACUAUCAGAC